CAGGCGGUGGCAUGGAAGGUGGCGGCGGCAGCUCCGGGGGCGGCGGCGGUGCCGGCGGUGCCGCCAAGGCGCCAGCCGAGGGCCCCAGCACCUACCGCGAGGAGUCGGCCGUGCGCCGGGCCGAGCCCCGCGACUGCCCCACCAUAAUGCGCUUCGUGCACGCCCUGGCGCACUUCCACAACACGCCCGACGCCGUGCACAUCAACCUGCAGCAGCUCGAGCACGCCAUGUUCAAGAGUCACCCUCGCGAGCUGUGGGCCUUCCUCGCCACCAUCCGGCGUCAGGACACCGGCAAGGCGAUGGUCGAGGCUGAAGAGGCACCCGCCGGCAUGAUCACCUUCCACUACCGCUACUCGGCGGCACUGGGCGGCCGUAUCCUCUACAUCGAGGACCUGUUCGUCUCGGAGGAGUGUCGCGGACGCGGACUGGGCGUCGCCCUGCUGCGCGCCGCCUGCGAGCAGGCACUGCGAGACACGUGCCGCGUCGUCCAGUACAAGGUGCACAAGGACAACAAGGGAGCUCAGAAACUCUACUUGAAGAAUGGCGCAGUGGAUAAGAGCGAGGCGGGGGAGGUGCGCCUCUUCUUCUUCGACCGGGACAGCCGCUUCCCGCCUCUCGAGGAGAAGGAGAAAGCCCGCUAAAGGUCCUGACCCGUCUUCUGCAGCCGGGAACAUUGCUUACCUCGCGCUGUUCGAACCUACGGGUUCAUAUGCAUGCAACCGAUCGGAGCCGGUGGAAUGCGAAAUUAAAACGAAGCUUAA